AUGACUAAACUUCCUCAAGAGGCUUCUAAUAAGUUAAUAAAUUUGUUAUAUUCACGAAUAGCUACGAAGGUUACUCCCCAGCUCCCAAAAUUGCGGAACAUUUUGUACGAUGAAGUUAGUACUGUCCAAAACGAUAAACUCUCGUCCAGUGAUGUCACACCUGUUCAAAGAGUUUUGCAAACCCUUGGGCCAGAAUUGAUGACUUUAAAAGAUAAAGAAGAUGCUUUAAAUAGAGUCAGACCCAAGAUCACAUCUAAUAUAUUAAGAUUAAAGUGUCCAAAUUCCUAUAUUACUCGUGAUGAUUUCUCCAGAAUCCUUCCAAUGAGAAGAGAACAAACAUAUGUGCCGAUAAUGACGGAUGGUUCAUCACUUUCCAUAAACGCUUUUGAGUUUCUUGCCGUCAAGGAAAGGAGCAACUUUGAUUUGUCGUUUCAAAAUGCCUACUACCUCAUUUUUGCAAAUCAAUUGGACGCGUGUGUAUAUCUUGAGGAAACUAGGCAUAGGGUUUUAAAUGGCAUUCGAUUGAACUUUCAAUUUGCCGAAAUCACCGAAGAUUCUUUGAAGAGAAUAGUGCCAGAAACGCUAUAUUAUGGAACUAAGAAUUACAGUGCGUUAGUUGGUCUUUGCACAUCGGUGAAAUCAAAUCAAUAUACCUCCGCUCCGUUUCAAAACUAUGAAUUGCUUAAAAACUUAGUUAAUUUCGAACAUAGGAGAAGAUCGGUCUUGGUCCGAAAUAUGCCUCCAGGACUAACCCAUAGUAGCUUGACGUCCGAGUUAUGGAAUAUUAAUUUGCAUUACAACAAGCCGAUAACCGUGGUUCGGAAUGAUUCGACCACGGAAAGCUCAGUAUAUUUGUUACACUUUACAUCUAUUGCAUCUGCAGAGAAUUUCGUUAAUAGAUAUCACGGUAGGAACUGGGACAAUUUUCCCGACCGAGAAAAUGGACUUCACAACCCUGUGUUGUGCGAAAUAAUAGACGCAUAA